UGUAGUGUAUACGCAGCGUAUUUUGCUCUCUAUCUGCUGCUGCAUUUCUUUCCUACCCAUUCAGAUCAAUUGGUUGCAAAAUCAGCUGCAGAAAAUACGCUGCGCGGGACUGUACCUAAAGGUUUUGCAUUUCUUUCAGAGUUCUUCUGUGCUUCUUGUGCCCAUCCUGUUCCUUUCCUUUUUGGAGGAGUAGACUGGACCCUAUCCCAGAAUCCUCUGCAGACAAUGUGGAAUGCUUUCUGGACUAUAUGGAGCUCUGGGUUCCCAGGAGACAGAUGGACGGGCUGCUAUUAUGGUUAUCACGAGUGAUGAGAUUCCCAGUAAGUCUCAGCUCAUUGGAUCGAUCGAAUCACCUGAUCUCUCGGUGUCGCUACGCCCUGGAUAUGGAUUCCGAUGGAAACUUUAUCUUCAGGGUCCAUUACUCGGCCUGCAAUGUCCAGACACAGAACGGGUUCCAUGUUCUAGAAAUUCACAUGGUUAAGAAAACGUCGCCGGGGAAGGGUCGGAGUGAUCGCUACCACAUGAGAUGUCCCGCAAUGACGGCAGCCAUGGGCAGAGAGACUGUGCGGUGUGACCCCAACUAUGUGCAGGUGUCACGACCGAUGCCCUUGGAAAAUGCUGACAAUCAGAACUGGUUUUUACUAUUUCGCGGUGACCUGGUGGUCUCUGUGGAGGAUGCGAGUUUGAUUGGUAUGGAAGUAGAGAUUAAUAAAUCCCAUAUAACAGUGAAAGGACUGCGAGACCACCUACUGAGCCCCAAAGAGUUCUUGGACAGAAAGACAGCCGUGCUUCCCCUAUGGAUCGGAGACGGGUUUUAUGCUUAUUCACUGGAAGCUUCCUGCCCAUUGGUGGCGCAGACCCCAGGAGAAGAGGUCAUAGUUCACAUCCCAAAGCAGCGUAUGGGUCUGGUGAAGAGAGGGUCAUAUAUGACGGAGACCUUGACCCUGAGAAACAUUGUGGUCAGACGUCAUAUUGAUGUCACCGUCACCGAGAACAAGCACUUUGUAAUGGUGAACGUCAAUCCUGGGGUCCUGCAAACACAGGAUUGCACUACACCCAAUAACACGCGAGGAAUACAGGUUUUCUACAGUAUUGAUCUUGUGCUGGAGUUCGCAGAAAUUGCUUAUCCGAUGAACUGGACGCUGGAAAACUAUUAUGAGUGUGCGGUUUUGACUCAAGAUACGGCUCAGCAAGAAAUCCUUUUUAACAACAAUGAAGAACUGGAAUCAUCUGUGAAUAAGACAGUGGAAGAAGAUGGCGUUCCAUCGCAUAGAUCACAUCACAUGACCAGAGCUGCGUUACCAGCCAACGAUUCUGUGAAAACUACAGGAGCAUUUAUUGAGGGAUCUGGGGAACACUUGGACAUUGACAUAAGUGGAUCUGGAGACCACCAAGCUGUGACUUCUGAUCAGAUCAUUGCAGCUACAAAUAUACUCAACCUACUGAGCUCUGCUCCAUCACGUCUCCAAGACAGCAAGACCUUAGAUGAUCAUCUGUCUAACUCAACUACGAUUGAUGAGGCAAAGAAUAUGAGGGUGUCAUCCAAGGUGUCUUCUACGCUGACAACUACAACAUUAUUCAAUGUAACUGGGGCGAAAAAUAAGCAAAAUAACAAGAAAACUUCCAAAAACGAGCAACUGAAAUGGACAACGCGCCAAGUCAUAGAGCAUGGAGGAUCUGUGGUAAAGCAGGAAGACUUCACCAAACCAAAGAAGUCUCAGAUAAUUCCCUCCUCUGAACUUAUUCCAAAUAGAGAUACAGACCUGUGGGAAGUUCUUAUUGAUGACAACAUUCUUGAACGUUUAGGUGAGACAGCGAGGGACGGGUGGAUCUCACGGAAAUAUAGACAUCAUCCACCAAGAAGUGAGACAGGAUCUAAGGUGCGAGAGAAGACAAUGGAUGAAACAUCUGUCCCACCAGAAAGACGUCAGAAGAGACCAACCAGAGAUCUACAGCACAUGGAGGAGGACUACACGCUCCCCAGCCGACACGUAGACUGGACGAAGGUUCAUGAGGACAUGUUGUAUGAUACAAGUGACAUAGAGACCAUUGGAUCUGCAGAGCAGCUGAUAGUGGAGAAGUGAACGAAGAAGAACAUUUACUUGGACUCAUUAUUAGGGAUGUUCCCAUCCCAUUUUAUAAGACCGUACAAGUGCUCACUAACACCAAUUACCGAUACUUUUAUGUCAUGUGACAGCAGAGAAAGCUCUAGAACAGGCAUAGGCAACCU